AUCUCUUAUCAAUGUUUAAAAUAUAUUUCAACAACAAAAAACAAUUAUUUUUCUAUUUCUUCGUAAUAAAAAUUGUGCAUUAUAAUUUAUAAGGUUAAAUCCAAAAUAAAAUUAAAAUCGUACACUAUAACGUCGUGGUUUUAAAACAAUAACAUCACAUUUGGUUGUGUAUUGUACAUUUAAACUACCAUCUACUGACUACUACUAUAACAUAGUACUACUGCCGCUACUGCUACAGAUAUCAUUUCAAUAUGGAUAUGCUAAAGAAAGCGUUGAGUGGUCAAGAUCGAGACAAUGAUAGUUCUACUGGAAUUUUACCUAAUGUUAAUCAAAUGUCAUCACUAGAAUGGUCUACUCGUAUCAAAGGAUUUAUUGCAUGCUUUGUAAUUGGAAUUUUUUUUUCACUAUUGGGUGCCACAGCAUUAGUUUUACCUCUACAUAGAAGAAUAGCUGUAUUUGGUAUUUUUUAUACACUCGGAAAUGUUACAUCGCUUCUUAGUACUUGUUUUUUAAUGGGACCAGUAAAACAAAUAAAAAAGAUGUUUUCAUCCUCUAGAAUUAUUGCAACAAUCAUUGCUCUUGCAAUGAUAGUCCUUACAUUAGUUGCUGCAAUUGGCAUGAAAAACGCCCCAUUAACUUUUCUUUGCAUUAUUUUUCAAUUUCUUGCAUUGACAUGGUACUCUUUGUCUUACAUACCUUAUGCUAGAGAUGCCAUUAAAAGCUCGAUGUCUACAAUCAUAGCAUAAUUAUUCAUUGCUUAGAAGUUAAUAAGUCAAUUAUAUGCAAAUUAAUGGUUAACUAAAAUUGUAAUCAUAGAUGAUAUAAUAUGAAAAUAGACUAUGAUAUCUACCGAUUUGUUAUAUUCCAGUACAUUGAUUUGUUGAAAUUUAUACUUAACUAUUUAGUAAUUUAAGUAAAUUCAGUUGUCUACCAAGUCAUAAUUUAUACAUUAUUGUUAUUAAUACUUUAUUGGUAUUAAUUUAAGACAUAUUAUUUGUAUAAACUUAAUUAAAUAUAUAGAGAAAUUGAUUAAGAAGCAAUAACUAAUGAGAUAAAAAAUGUUAUAUGAUACUGUUAAUUAUAAUUAUUGUCUUCCUAUAGAAUCUGAUUUUGUUAUUGUUUAAGAGAAAUAUUUCUAUUUUUUUUAUAGCUGAUUGUAAUUUGAAUCUAUUAACAACUUAUGUUCACUAACCAAACUAUGUCAAUUAUUAUAUUGUAUUAUGUCAAUUAAUUAUGAUACUAUGUCAAUUUAAUUUGGAAAUGUUAUAAAGUUAAGUUUAAUUUAAGCAACAAUGUAUCUUGUAUGUUAAAUUAUAUUUACGAAUAUAUUUUUUAGUUAUUUUGUUGAUAAAUACAAAAUUAA